AUGACUAGCAAAACUGAUGAACCAGUUCAGGAAAAUGAUGGUGCUCCUAAUCUCGAUCCCCAACCUCAACCUGAGCCCCAAACUGGGUCACCAGAUCAUCCUCUUUUCAAGAGUAGCAGUAGCACCAAGGUUUUCAAAAGUGGGCCACUUUUCAUAUCUUCCAAAGGUAUUGGAUGGACAUCCUGGAAGAAAAGAUGGUUUGUUUUAACACAAACUUCACUUGUUUUCUUUAGAAGUGAUCCAAAUGUUGCUUCUCAAAAGGGAAAUGAAGUGAAUUUGACCCUUGGUGGCAUUGACCUCAACAAUUCAGGCAGUGUUAUUGUCAAGCCAGAUAAAAAACUUUUGACUGUACAAUUUUCUGAUGUUCAUGAUGGACGGUCAGUUACACUUAAGGCUGAAACAAAUGAAGAUCUCUAUGAGUGGAAAACUGCACUUGAGAAUGCUUUGGCACAAGCACCAAAUCCAACUGACAUGAUAGGGCAAAAUGGUGUUUUAAAGAAUGAUCAGUUUGAUUCACUUGAUAGUUCUUCAGACCAAUUGAAGGAUAAAGAACCAAAGAAAUAUGCAGUCAUAGGUCGUCCAGUUUUACUUGCUUUGGAGGAUCCUGAUGGAACUCCGUCAUUUUUGGAGAAAGCCAUGAGAUACAUAGAGGAGCAUGGAGUCAAAGCAGAAGGGAUCCUGCGACAAGCAGCUGAUGUUGAGCAAGUUGAACAACGAGUACGAGAAUAUGAACAAGGAAAAGUUGAAUUUUCUGAAAACGAAGAUGCACAUAUUAUUGGUGAUUGCAUUAAGCAUGUACUUCGAGAAAUGCCAUCUGCUCCAAUCCCUGCAUCUUGUUGCAAGGCAUUAUUAGAAGCUAGUCGAAGUGGACGUGGUGCCAACAGGAUUUCUGCAAUGCGUGCAGCAAUAUAUGAUACUUUUCCUGAGCCAAACCGCCGUUUGUUACAAAGAAUACUCUUGAUGAUGCAAGCUGUUGCAUCAUUCAAAGCUGUAAACAAAAUGAGUCCGUCAGCUGUUGCUGCUUGCAUGGCACCAUUGCUUCUUCGCCCUCUUCUAGCUGGAGAAUGUGAAAUUGAAAAUGAUUUUGAUGUAGGUGGUGAUAGUUCUGCUCAACUUCUACAAGCUGCUGCAGCUGCAAACCAUGCUCAAUCUAUUGUUAUUACUUUAUUAGAAGAAUAUGACGCCUUUUUUGGAGUAAGUCAAUCAUUUGAUAUUAUUUUCUUUGAAUCAUUUUGUAUUUACUGCGUGUCCCCCGGACCAGAUAUGUACACCGAUUCAGAUGGGAGCGAAACUGGGAGUGAGGAAUUUACCGAUGAUGAUGAUGUGUCAUAUGAGGAAGAAUAUGAUGAUGAUGAGGAAGGUGAAUCAAUAGAGGGAUCUGAACUUGAUGAAGAGGAUGAUAUUGGUAGUGAAACUGGUAGUGAAACUGAAGAUUCUGUGAAGAAUGAUAAAGAUGAUGAUAAGGUGCACAAUCAUUCAAGUUCAACUUCAAAAUCUUUAGAGGUGAGUAAAGAUCAUAAAGUUCAAAAGAUGUCAUCGACUAAACUUGAACAAGCAGUUCUUCAACAAGAAGAUGCCAAAAGAAAUGAAAAUACUUGUGAAAAUGAGUCUAGUAAGCCUCCUAAUGUAGGAGGAAAACUUUCUAGGGUUCGAACUACAAAGAAUGAACACAAUGCUCCUAUCCCACCACAUAUGACAAAAUCAGCAACUUUAACGAAUGUCGCAGCACCUCAACGUCCUACUAUGUUGGGGAGAACUUCAGCAAAGAAAAAUCUUUCUAUGGAAUCCAUUCAGUUCAUUGAAGAAGAUGAUGAAGUUGGAAUUGAGAGGCUUGAAACUAUUAAAACAGAAUUGCUAAACCAAAUUGCAGAUGAGGCAAAAGAAAAUUCGAAGCUAUUAUCUGAUAUGCAAAAACGAAAAGAAGCCUUGCCAGAGCAACAUUUGGCUCUUGAGCGAGAGGUUGUUAUCUUACAAGAACAAUUGCGGAAGGAGAAGAGUUGUCGAACAACACUUGAAAUCAUGUCAGAUCUUGAGGAGUUAUUAUUAGUAGAAGAAGAUCUUGCCAAAAUAAAAAGGAAGCUUGAUGAGCUUAGGGUACGACUUAGUUUACUUGGACAGGGUUAUAGUUCUGUGCAGGAUUCUUCCAAUCAACCUCAACAUAUAAUAGAUCUUGAUAUGAAAAAUACACAAGACACUGAAGUUGCAGAGAGGUCAACAACAAAGGACACUAAAUUUGGGAGAGCAGAAUCUAAGAAUGAUAUAAAGCAUGAGUUAAAACAUUUGUCUAGCAAAAAAUCUAGUUCUAAGAAAUAUGAUGCUUGGAAUGAACAAACAACAAAUUCACAACCUGCCAAUGCAUUGACAAAACUGACAUCAAGACUAAGCUUUUUGAAUGAUCGUCGAGAGGUUAACAGCUCUUCGAAUAAAGUAGAAAAGAUUAAAGGAGGUGAACUUCACCCACCAAUAGCAUCUCCAAAGAAAUCUCGAGGAUUUGAAUUUUACCUACCACUCACAUCCACAAGCAAGAACCAAUAUGACUUUCACUUGCCAAUUUUAUCUCCUAAUAAGAAUAAAGGAGCAGAAAAUCUUCAAAAUCCGGACAAACUUAAAAAAAUGGGAAGUCAAACAGGACACCGACACUCUGAUAAACAAAACCAAUACUUGAAAAGAGGAAUGUCAGAAAGCCAUCAUCAACCUUAUGAUUCGGAUAAUGUUCAGUAA